ACGUAAGAGGGUCUUUCAAUUUUAGACAGAUAUUUCUGGUUUCGUGCUGGAAAGAGGUUGAUAUUUUGCAAGCGUCGCAUCUUGUUUCAUCCACAUUUCCUCUGGUAAUUUGCAGUAACGGAUAACCAACGUUAGAUGGCAGUAAGAUAUUUUCUGAUACAUUUUACUGUCAGUGUGACCAAGCUUGUCAGCAAUGUAAACAUUGACUUUUCAUUCAUGCGGUUUGGAUUUGUUAGCCGACAGCUCAGAUCUGCCAGGGAAAUUUGAUGUUGCUGUCGUCAGCAUGGCUUCAAACUCCAGCUUUGCUCCACCAAAACUGGCUGACUUCAUCCUCACAGAGCGACUGGGUAGUGGCACCUAUGCCACAGUCUACAAAGCCUACAGAAAGGGGGACAGCCGAGAGGUGGUGGCAGUGAAGGUGGUUGGGAAGAAGACACUAAACAAGGCAUCUACAGAAAACCUGCUGACAGAGAUUGAAAUCCUCAAGACUAUGCGUCACCCUCAUAUAGUCCAGCUAAAAGACUUUCAGUGGGAUGCUGAGAAUAUUUAUCUGAUCCUGGAGUGGUGUUCUGGUGGAGAUCUCUCCCGCUUCAUUCGCAGUCGUAGGAUUUUACCUGAGAGGGUGGCCCGGCGGUUCCUGCAACAGAUAGCCUGUGCCCUCCAGUUUCUUCAUGAGCGAAACAUCUCACACCUGGACUUGAAACCCCAGAAUAUUUUACUCAGUGGCUCUGUCCUCAAACUAGCAGAUUUUGGUUUUGCCCAGUACAUGUCACCAUGGGAUGAACAGAGUGUCCUGAGAGGUUCUCCUCUUUACAUGGCUCCUGAGAUGGUGUGCAGACGCCAGUAUGACUCAAGGGUAGAUCUCUGGUCAGUAGGGGUCAUUCUUUAUGAGACACUGUUUGGGCGAGCACCAUUUGCAUCAAGGUCGUACGCUGAAUUAGAGGAGAAGAUCCGGAGUAACCAACCUAUUGAGCUCCCUCCUGGGGCCAGGGUAUCCAAGGACUGCAGAGACCUUCUGUUGCGGCUGUUAGAGAGAAAUCCAGAUGCCCGGAUCACCUUUGCAGAGUUCUUCACCCACCCUUUUGUGGAUUUGGAGCAUAUGCCGAGUCCAGAGAGUCUAGUGAAAGCAAAGGAGCUUGUCCUGCAAGCAGUUCAGAAGGACCAGGAGGGCGAGAGGUCUGCUGCACUCUCUCUUUACUGCAGUGCCCUUGAGCACUUUGUCCCUGCUAUUCACUACGAGACAGACCGACAACGUAAAGAUACCCUCAGGCAGAAGGUCAGCCAGUAUGUGUCCAGAGCUGAGGAACUGAAAGCCCUGGUGGCCUCAGACAACAGACUGAGCUUUGAGGAGGCCCAGACCUCCAGGGAUGUCCUACGAGAAAUGUCUCGAGACCAACCACGGCUGCUGGCUGCACUGGAGAUGGCCUCUACUGCCAUUGCUAAGGAGGAAAGUGGACUGGAAGCUCACGAGGCUCUGGAUGUAUACCAACAGUGCCUCGGAGAACUAUUGUUGGCACUGGCAGCCGAGCCCCAGGGCCGCAGGAGAGAGCUACUCCACAGUGAGAUUAAAAGCCUCAUGAGCAGAGCAGAAUACAUCAAAAAGCAUAUCAAGAUGCAGGAGACUCAGAGGGAUGUGACUCUGGAUCGAGAACCUCUUGCAGACUCUGUCAGAAGCUCUUGCUGUUUGCAGUAAGCUUGACAGCCACCGUGGGAACUGAUGCCCAGCACAGCAUCAGACUGCCUGUCACGCAGAGCCUUCACCUGACCAGGUUUCUGCUGGGGCCAAAUCAAACCUGCACCACACCUCGCUCUAACCAACUGAGAACGCUGUCCGGGUGGGAUAUUCCUGUUGCCAGCCAAAUGUGGUCAAUGUGCUGGUUGUUGCAGAAAAGCUGAUUUGGCAGAUUGAGAACUUGUGUUUAUUCUUUUUGCGGAAAAAAAAAAAACAUUUGGAUGGUGAAAUACUGAAAGUAGCUCUUGAGUUUUGAAUUUGCACAUUGAUGAAUGUGAAAGUUAGCUCCCUGCGUAUAAGAUUGUGUUGCUGCACUGCAUGGCCCCAUAUCUCUCCUCCUGAUACACCAUUGAUAUGUAAAUGCUGGACAGCUUGUAUGACAAUAGCACACUGUAAGGGUAAAUCAGUUAGACUGUUGCAUGUUUUGUUGCUCCAAACAUCCAACAGUGUUAGCAGCACACUUAAAACUGUGAAAACUUUACAAUACAAUCAGAUGAGAGCUGUGACAUUAAGGAGCAUCACAGUAGUUUGAAACUGUAGCAUUAGGCAUAUUAUUUUCGAGGCCUCUGCAAACAUGCACAUACUCCCUCAUCCCCUCCUUCCCCACUGCCUUUACUGUGGGUCAACCACAAGCUCACCAUGCUCUCUCCGCUGAUGGAGCCCUCUCCACCACUAUGAGGGGAAAACUGGAGAGGUGCGGCCUCUGCCUUAUUUACACUAGACUUGCAUUUUCUUAGGUUUGGCACCGGUUGGGUAUUUGAAGGAUACAGUGAGUUGUGGCUCUCAAGCGAAGCCUUUCAUAACUAGGCCUCUGUGAGACGGGAAAAAGCUUGACAGUCAGUGGCAGGCCGAUAAUCCUCGCUGUUGUAGGUCCACACGGACUGUUUUCAUUUCAGACAGGUAUACUGAAUAUUCCACAAGGGAGCUUUACGUUGUGAAUAUAAUCUUGAAGUCAACUGGAGGAAAAAAAAAACUGAAACAGGAAUGAAAGGAAAAAAAAGUAUAAAUAUGUCUGCUGGCAAGAUUUCCACACUGCUGUGUUGUUUUCUUUUUUAUUUGAACAUUUGUACAGCUGUGAUUUUGUAUGUAUUUAUUAAAUAAGAAAUUCAGUGGAAAGCAAAA